UACAAACGAGAAUACAGCAACUGUUGCCUUAAAGUCCCCCUACUUGUAGUUUUAUAAACUAAGAGAGGUCUGGAUCAUUUUGAAUGUCUCUUUGGAGUAGGGUUGUUUCGGGAAAUAACCGGUAGUUUACGGCUCAUCUGAGAAAAAGGAAUUCUCGUCUACGGUCAAAGGUACAGGAAUAAAUGUUGAUGUGAAUUGAAAAAGAAAAUCAACUGUACAGUUUGGUGAACUAAAACGGUCGGCCAUUUUGUGGGGUAUAAAUUUUGGUUACGAAGAAUGGCAUACCGAUAGGCCUCGAUUCAUAGGCCCACAUGUUUGUCCAUGAAGUAUCAAGAAGAAAACAAUUCGAGGGUGAUGUACAUUGGUUCAAAGACUGUAUUGGGUUAAAGUGAAAAAUAGUUGUCGUAAGACUCUUUUCAAGAAUAUACACUGAUUACUGGUAUUCUUUCUUAGACUUAUAAAACAACUUGAAUUGGUGGGUGGCAGUUGACCUCUUCGCUAUUUUGGCACUGACCUCAACAACGUGAAUCUACCACGGGUACCAGCUGAUCUGGACAUCAUCUUGAUCAACGUGAAUCUACCACGGGUACCAGUUGAUAUGGACGCCAUCUUGAUACUCAAAAACGUGAAUCUUAUUUAGGUACCAGCUGAUCAGGACGCCAUCUUGAUUCUCAAAAACGUGAAUCUUCUUUAGGUAACAGCUGAUCAGGACGCCAUAUUGAUAAUCAACAACUUGAAUCAUCUUUAGGCACCAGUUGAUCUGGACGCCAUCUUGAUAAUCAACACCGUGAAUCAUCGUUAGGUACCAGUUGAUCUGGACGCCAUCUUGAUACUCAAAAACGUGAAUCUUCUUUAGGUACCAGCUUUUCUGGACACCAUCUUGAUACUCAAAAACGUGAAUCUUCUUUAGGUACCAGCUGAUCUGGACGCCAUCUUGAUACUCAAAAACGUGAAUCUAGUAAAUCUUACUGCAGGUCUUGACACUCAAAAACGUUAAUGUGGCGUAGGUACCAGUUCAUCUGGACGCCAUCUUUUCACUAAGACGACGUGAAUUUUUUGUGUGAUCUGAAUGCCAUCUUUCCUAGAUACAUAUCUUAAAAGGUACAGAUCGAUUACCAGGAAAGGAAAUCAAUAAUGGAGUACAAAAGGUCAAGUUUUUUCCUUCUUUUGAUUUUAUCAGUGGUGGUACUGUAUUUAGUGUAUAGCUUAUCAGCAAAGUCUGGCGACUCAACUUCUUUUGUGAAUGUUUUUAAUAAACCAUUGAGGUUAGAACCACCAAGACCCCUUGUUAAAAAAUUUUUACAAGACCGUUGGACAGAAACACCUCAGAGACCAAACAUUGUGUUCGUUUUAGCCGAUGACUACGGGUAUAACGACAUUGGGUAUCAUGGAUCGGAAAUUAAAACGCCCGUAUUGGAUAGUAUGGCCGCUGAGGGCGUCAAACUUGAGAAUUACUACGUCCAGCCGAUUUGCAGUCCAUCUCGAGAACAGUUAAUGACAGGGAGAUAUCAGAUCCACACUGGUCACCAACACUUUAUAAUCAAGACCCGUAUGAAAUCGUGCCUGAAUCUUGAUGAGGUUACCAUUGCUCAGAAGUUGAAGGAGUCAGGAUACGCGACUCACUACAUCGGGAAAUGGCAUCUUGGUCUGUACAAGAAAGCUUGUUGGCCAACACGGCGUGGUUUUGAUACGUUCUUUGGAUUCUUGCUUGGCAUGCAGGAUUACUAUUCACACAAUACUGAUGGCGGCUAUGAUUUCAGAGACCAAGAACGAGUUGCAAAGGGGGUGAAAGGGAAGUAUGGAACACACCUGUUUGCUGACCGGGCUAAACAAAUUAUCGCCCAUCAAAGUACAAGCCAGCCCUUCUUUAUGUUGCUAUCAAUGCAAGCCGUACACAUACCGCUACAAGUUCCCGCUCAGUAUUUGAAACAGUACGCUCAUAUAAAGGACAUCAAAAGAAGGGUAUUUGCUGGUAUGACUACAUGCAUGGACGAGGCAGUGGGAACGGUUGCAGAUGCAUUGGAUGCAAGAGGACUAUGGAAUAAUACAGUUUUCAUUUUUUCAACAGAUAAUGGCGGACAGAUAUCCAAUGGCGGCAGUAACUGGCCUCUAAAGGGUGGCAAAGCGUCCCUCUGGGAAGGAGGUGUUCGUGCAGUGGGAUUCGUUAAUAGUCCCUUGUUACACCCACGGGUUCGAGGAACAACCAGUCGAGCUUUGAUCCAUAUCAGUGAUUGGUUUCCUACGAUGCUAGCGGGCUUAGCUGGUGGAGAUCUGAAUGGAACUAAACCAUUGGAUGGUUACAACAUGUGGACCACAAUCAGUCAGGGUCUACCGUCGCCUCGAACAGAAAUCCUGCACAACAUUGAUCCCUUCGGAGGCCAUAAUUCCCCUUUUCCAUAUUCACUACACAAUAAUUUCACAUUCACACAAACAAUGCGGGCUGCAAUACGGGUUGGUGACUGGAAGCUUAUGACAGGACCUGUAGGUUACGGAAUUCAUUCGGAAAAUAAGGAUGGCAAGAUAGUCUGGCUCUUCAACAUCAAAGAUGAUCCAAGUGAGAAUAACAAUUUGGCAGACGAGAAACCAGACAUUGUAAGAAGUCUGAUGGACCGUUUAAAGGUACACUACAGCACUUCGAUGCCUGUGUUUUUCCCACCGAACGAUUAUGAAGGGCCAAGAAAUAAAAUAUGGGGAGAUUGGGAGUAGACAUACCCAAUUGCCUAUGCUUACCAAUACUGUAAAACAAUACAUGUAUUUUCACUGGGAAAAAAAAACACUACAAAAUUUGUGCACCUACCAUGAUGUUGUUGAUAUUGUUGCUUUGUUUUUGUUUUUAAGGCAGUGGACACUAUUGGUAAUUACUAAAAAUAAUUGUUAGCAUAAAAACUUA